AUGAAAACAUUAAGCAGCCAAUUUCUCAAAAGCCUCACCUCUCUUGAAUAUCUACGUACUUAUAAUUUACCUCAAAUUCAGUCACUGCUGGAAGAAGGGCUUCCCUCGUCUCUUUCUCAGCUUAUAUUAUUUGACCAUGAUGAGCUCCAUUCACUACCGACUGAAGGUCUUCAACGCCUCACCUCGCUUCAACGUCUAGAGAUCAGCUUUUGCUAUCAACUCCAAUAUAUUCCAGAAUCAGCGCUGCCCUCCUCCCUCUCUGAGCUGACCAUCUUGAGUUGCCCUAAUCUCCAAUCUCUUCAAGUAAAAAGAAAGCCUUCCUUCCUCUCUUUGCUGCCUAUCUGUCGUUGCGGUAAUCUCCAACCUCCUCCAGAAUCAGCGCUGCCCUCCUCCCUAUCUAAGCUGAGUAUCUUGGAUUGCUCUAAACUCCAAUCUCUUCCAGUAAAGGGGAUGCCCUCUUCAAUCUCUGUACUAAAUAUUUGUCACUGCCCAUUGCUCAAACCACUCCUAGAAUUUGAGAAGUGGAAAUACUGGCCAAAUAUUGCUCAUAUUCCCACCAUAAUGAUCGAUCGGGAAUAUCUGUAA